UUUGACGCAAUAUCAAGGCAAAGUAAUCAAAACAAAUUUAAAGUAAUUAAAAUUCAUUGUACAUUUAUUAUUUUUAAUACAUUAAAGAGUCAAAAAGUAUCCGAUAUUUGCAUUGUUCAAAUGAAUGUAUACUUGAUUUUGUCUAUCGUAGCUCAAUUAAUCUUUGUGGCCUCGUGGAAGAUUAACAGGAACGGUACAAAAUUAAAUAGCCUGCCGGAUGGUACUCUCAUCGAUAUCAAAGAUGCCCCAUAUCGAGCAUGGGUAUAUAACCCUACCGGACAGGUUAUAUAUGAUUCAGCCGCUGGAGUUAUAAUUUCAAAUCGCAUCGUCUUAACAACAGCUUCAAUUUGCCUUUCAAGAUUUGAUGGUAUGCCUGCGUUAAACGUUUUUGCAGGAUGUACUACAUUAGGAGACAAUAAUACCCAAAAUUAUGGGGUUAAGAAAAUUGUAACACAUCCAAAAUAUAAUGUUGCUAAUGGACCGACUAACAAUCUUGCAAUGCUGUAUUUAGAUAGGUAUAUACCGUGGGAUUCGCAAACUGUAAAGCCCGUGGCUCUCAACACGAAGAAAACAACCGGGCACACAACAUGUAUUUAUACCGCAUGGCGUCGAAAACAGGUGAACAAAACCUAUAUAUCUGACCACUUGGAAUCAUUCGAAGUAGUUCUUUGGAAUUUCAAGGACUGCGAAAAAAAAAUACAAAAUAUUAAAGGAUAUCCGGCAGAAGAAAUGUACCAAAGAUGUUUUCAUGGUGAAGGAGAUACAUGCACCAUAAUACCUGAACCAGAACCAUUGCAUGAGUAUGAAGUAGGUGCCCCAUUGGUCUGCCAAAAUAAAUUGUUCGCAAUGGCGACGAGCGAUAACUAUUUAGAUAAGGGUGUUCAAUUGUACCACGACGUUGGUUAUUAUAAUGACUGGAUACGGCGGACCAAUGCAUCUUUGCAUGAUUCGGCGUCUACAACUUCAAUACAUUCAACACCUUCAAUACCUUCGAUAUCUGUCGAAGAUGUCGAAUCUUCGACAGAUUUAACAAGUAUAAGCUCAAACAAUUCAGCUUUUGAUAUGCAAAGAAGCAAUUUUCAAGAGACUUGCUUGAUAACCAUGGCCGCCUUUUUACUUUGGAGUACGUGAGUCCAGAACACGACCAAAUUGUUAGCAACUGAUCAAUUCUAUAAUGAUUCUAUAAAGAGUUUCUAAGAAGCUGAAAAACAUUUCUGUCAAUAUUCCGUAUUUCGCAAUAAAAAAAUUUACAUUUUUUAA